AUGACCAAGUUGACAAAUGCUCAGAAAUUUGGUCAUGGUGACUGCAGCGGCGCUGUGGAUCGCCCCGCUCACCCCACCAAGGCAGGAAUCAACGACAUUAAACGCAACCAAGGGCCCGUAGUGGACCGUUCGCCCAAGGAUGUACAAUUUCAGGAGCAGCGUGAUACAAUGAGACCCAAGCAUGGCCAGAAGCUGCCGCAACAGCAGGCGGCACAUACUGCGGAAAGCGAAAAAGACAAACAAAGGAGUAUUGAUAUGCAUUUGCGGGGUGAACGCGACAACGAUGAUUUACCUGUUCCUCCAGCUGAAGUCCGCGGCGGAAUGCGCUACUCGGAGUGA